AUGGAGUGGGCAAAUGAUUUUACUAUCAAGUUUUUGGAAUUUUAUCAGAGCGAACCUUGUUUGUGGGAUCCCUCUGACGAAAAUCAUAAAAGAAAGGAGAAAUUAGCUGACGCCUGGAAUCGAAUCUCUGAAUCUACAGGCAAAUCUGUGGCAGAAUUAAAGAAGAAAAAAGAUUCUUUAAUGGCCACUUUCCGGGGUCACUUAAGAAGGAAAAAGGCGUCCAUUAGGAGCGGUGCUGGGGGCGAUGAUAUUUACAAGCCUAUAUGGUUUGCAUACAGCUUUAUGGAAACUUUUCUUGGUCAAAUAUAUGACUGCCACCCUACCAUAAACAGUCAAGACACGAUUUCUCUUGAUAACGAAACCCUCGAGCCCACAUCUCAAGAAUCAGAAUCAGAAAUCAAUGAAGUAGUGAAUGUUGUACCCUCAGCUAAGUCUCAGCAAGCAGCACUUGUAGCCAAACCUCACCGACCAACACCCUUACCAAUCUCUCAGCAAAGAUAUCGUCGUCGCCAAGUUCCUACGGAAUUGCUUCAAGCAGAAAGUGAAAUGAAGGAAGCCUUCUCAUGGGUGAAGAAUGUUGUGUCCAGAAAUGAUGAAAAAGAAGACGAGUGCGAUUUAUACGGUAGAAUGUUGGCGAAAAAACUACGAAAAAUUCCGGAAUUUCAAAGAGAAUACUUGAUGCAUGGUAUUAACGAAAUGGUCCUCAGGGCAAUGCAUCCAUCUCAUGGUUCUGUCGCCACGCCAUCCUGUUUCAAAUGGACCACCUUCGAACUCAUCGCUAAUUUCCUUAUUCUCGACCUACAUCUGCAAACAGCAAUAACUGUUCCUAUGCUUCAUCACAGGGUAUCAACGAGCAUGCCCAGGACCAAAUCGAAGAACACAUACAGGAAUCUGAUCCUAUCAGCCAAGCACUGUAUAUGA